AUGGAAUCGAAUAAAAGGCCCCCUUUCGAUAGUCGUGGAAAGCUGCCUAUUUUAUACGAAGAUGAUGAUGGUUCAGAAAAUAAAUCUAAGGCGACCGAUGGGUUUACGUUUGCAACAGAUAAUCAUCAGGUAGGACACGCACCACUAAAAGAUUUCCAUAGUUUUGAUGCCUUGUUUCUCGACAGCACACCACCGUUGCGUUCAUAUAAACAUAAGAUGAAGGAGCUUGCAGACAUCGAAUCUCAAUAUUCAGAGCUUAUUAAACCGCACACACAAAGUCACCAAGGACCAGUUCAAUAUGAGGCAAGUGGCCCAAAGAUAUCAACUGAUGCGGUUAAUCGGGGACCAGUUCAACAUGAGGCAAGUGGCAUGAAGAUAUCAAUUGAUUCGGUUAUUCGGUUAGGUGGAGAACGGUUCAUACAAUCUUGUUCAUCGACUUCGAUGAACGAUAUUUCGACAGCGAGCCACCCAUACAGUAGUUCAUUCUCGGGCCUUUCUGAUCAAGAAGUCAAAGAUGUUCAACUCAUAGAAAAUCUACUACUUUCUGCAGAGAAGGUCACUCACCAACAGUUUGAACAAUCGAUUAAGCUUCUUGAUUGGUGUGAUGUUCUGUCUAGUAGCUCAGGAAACCCAAUUCAAAGAUUAGUUCAUUAUUUUUCAGAAGCUUUACGAGAAAAGGUUGAUAAAGAAACCGGGAGAGCUUCGUUGUGUGGGUCAGGAAAGAAAGAUGUAGAGAAUCUUGCAAGGAGAGUGGUGAGCUCAAAUGCGACUGCUACCAUGCUUUAUGAAAAAUCACCGCUUUUCCAAGCGGGUUGUUUUUCUGGGGUGCAGGCUUUGGUGGACGGAGUAUCCGGGUCCAAAAAAGUUCACGUAAUCGAUCUCUCGAUAAGACAAGGCACACAGUGUGCGAUUCUAAUGCAAGCUCUCGUAUCUCAACCCAAUUGUCUAAUCGAGCAUCUUAAAAUAACCGCUGUCGGGAGUCAUUCUAAACAGAAAAUCGAGCAAACGGGUGACUGGUUGAAGUGUUUUGCUGAAUCUAUAAACUUAUCUUUCUCUUUUAACCUGGUUAUAGUUGAAGAUAUGCUAGAUUUCAAUAAAGAUCUUCUUGAAUUGGAUCCAGAUGAAGCUUUGGGUGUUUACACAUCAUACGGUUUAUGGGGCAUGAUCGGGCAACAGGACCGAUUAGACUCUUUAAUGAAUGUUAUAAAAAGUAUUAACCCUUGUGUGAUGGUGGUGUGCGAAAUUGCAGCGAAUCUUAACUCACCAUACUUUGUGAAUCGUUUUAUUGAAGGUUUGUUUUAUUACGGGACAUUGUUCGAUUCUUUAGAAGAGUGUUUGGGUCGUGAAGAUGAAAACCGCACUAUUACCGAGUCGAUGUAUUUUGGUAAGGGAAUAAAUAAUGUCGUGGCAUCAGAAGGCAAUGAAAGAGUUAUUAGGCAUGUGCAUAUUAAUGUUUGGAGAAAGUUUUUCGCACAGUUUGGGAUGAAGGAGGCCGAGCUAAGUCUGUCUUCUUUAUAUCAAGCAAAUUUGGUGACGGAAAAGUUUUCUUAUGGAAGUUGUUGCACAUUUGAUAGGGACGGUGAUUCACUCGUAAUCGGUUGGAAAGGUACACCGGUCGAGUAUGUUACUGCUUGGAAAUUCUCAUGA